GGCUGAAGAUGAAACUACAACUGAGGAAGGUGCUCCAGAUGUACAGAGAUUAACGAAACCUACUUUACAGUUAGAGCAAACGGAUGCUAGUCAGCCCGUCAGUGCUUCUCGAAGCUCAGGUAUAGACAUGCUAGGUGCCUUUGUACCUCUAUCUGGUAUGGUUGCUACGGAUACUUAUGGAGAGGACCUUGGAGAGGCAGCCAAAAGAGUGUCUGGUAGCACAUCAAGUCUAGAGUUAGAACCGUUGGCAGAGAUAUGUGUCGAAGAAGAGAAGGAUGCCAAAGAACCCUUGAUGCGCAAACAAGGCAAACUGAUAGAUGAGGAAGAGAAAGAAACUGGAUCAAUCAAACUGAAAACCCACCUUGCCUUUUUUAGUGCCUGCUCAUGGGGCCUUUCAGUUCUAGUUCUUCUACUGAAAAUUUUACAGCAGGGCUUACGAUUGGCCACUGACCUUUGGCUAGCAGAAUGGGCAGCGGCUGGUGACCAGAUGAAUAACUCACUAGUUUCCAAAAACUUAAGCAGAGACAAUAUAUUGAGGUACCAGGCCUCAGUAGAGCCCAAUGUUUUGGUGCUACCUGGUGACAAUCAGUCAAGCUCUCCCACUUCCACAGGCGAAACAGAUAGGGAUGUCAUGUACUAUGUCAUGGUGUAUGCCAUCCUAUCUGCAGUCAGUAUUAUUAUUGUGCUAUUUGCAUCACUCACUGUGGAACUCACAAUCUUGUAUGCAGCAAGAAAUCUGCAUCAGUCCAUGUUACGCAAUCUCAUCUUAGCUCCAUUAAGGUUUUUUGAUACUACUCCCAUUGGCAGGAUUAUGAGCAGAUUUGCUGCAGACACAUAUCAGCUAGAUCAGAUUAUCUCUUUUUAUAUCAGUAACGUCCUGACACAGAUCUUAACCUGUAUUGCGGCUAUAGUAGCCAUCUCUUUGGCAACACCAUAUUUCUUAAUUGCAGUUGCUCCCUUGGUGUUGAUCUACUGUGUAAUACAGAGGUUCUUUAGGGUAUCAGCAAGGGAACUCAUGAGAUUAGACAAUUUAUCCAAAUCCCCUAUUUUUGCACAUUUUGCUGAAUCAAUGGGAGGCUUAGCAACAAUAAGGGCCUUCAG